UUGGGAUCGAGCACAACAACAGCCGUUAGAAUCAUUACAAAUGGCUAGAAGAUCCAGACAAGUUCCUUUCUAUGGUUGGGUCUGUAAGGAUUGUCUUGAAGUCAACCCCUGGAACACUGAUCUCCUGACUACAGAAUGCUCAUUUCCUCAGGCCCACCUCACAGAAGAGCUUGUUUGUGUAGCCAUCAGUGAUGACUUGAUGUUGGAACCAAUCAGAUCACUGCCGAAAAAGAUACCCCCAUGGAAUAAGUUUUCCCUCUGUCAGAAUGCAGAUGGGUCGUGUCGUCAUAGAAACAGAUGUACAUAUGCUCACAGCAAGGCGGAGCAGAAGGCUUGGAACGCUCAGUUAGAGGAUGACAGAAAAAGUAAAGCAAUCAGACCAAUGCCGAAAAAGAUACCCCCAUGGAAGAGGUUUUCCCUCUGUAAGAAAGCAGAUGGAUCGUGUUGUCGUAGAGGCUGGUGUACAUAUGCUCACAGCAAGGCGGAGCAAGAUUCUUGGAAUGCUCAGUUAGCAGAAUCUGAGGAUGACAGUAUAACUGAAGAAUUCAGUGAUGACUUGAUGGUUGAACCAAUCAGACCAAUGCCGAACAGGCUACCCCCCGGGGAAAAAUCUGAGGAUGACAGUAAAAGUGAAGAAUUCAGUGAUGACUGGAUGUUUGAACCAAUCAGACCAAUGCCGAACAAGCUACCCCCAGGGAAAAAGUUUUCCAUCUGUAAGAAUGCAGAUGGGUCGUGUUGUCAUGGAGACAAUUGUACAUAUGCUCACAGCAAGGCAGAGCAAGAUUCUUGGAAUGCUCAGUUAGCAGAAUCUGAGGAUGACAGUAUAAGUGAAGGUGAGUUUUCCAUAACUAAUCGUCUCUGCAGUUGUAUACUUAUAGAUCGAUAUGUAGAAUUCAGUCAUGACUGGGUGUUUGAACCAAUCAGACCAAUGCCGAACAGGCUACCCCCAGGGAAAAAGUUUUCCAUCUGUAAGAAUGCAGAUGGGUCGUGUCGUCAUGGAGACAAUUGUACAUAUGCUCACAGCAAGGCGGAGCAAGAUUCUUGGAAUGCUCAGUUAGCAGAAUCUGAGGAUGACAGUAUAAGUGAAGAAGCUAUGCGACCAAGGAGACAAGCGUCCCCUUUGAGACACCAAAUCGGUUCACAGCAACAGGUCCCACCAUUAACAGCUCAAUGGGGAAGAGGUUAUCGAAGUCUGAGUGUAUCGCAUUCUGAAAGCUCAGUGGACUAUCAACAAGAUCGUAGAGUAUCAACUCCUAAGUUUGCUUAUCCUGAUAGUCAGUCCCAAAUGUCCCCAUCCCCCAACUCCAAGUGUGUCCAGCCUGACCCACGUUCUCCCUCUAGUGGGGAUGUUGUACACCCCCCCUUAUCUGCGGAGAACUAUAAGAUCAAGUUCACUGAACUACUCAAGCUGGACAAAAUUGAGCGUAAAAGGGUGCUUGAUGAAAAGUGCAAUGGAGAGUAUGAUUUGUUUCUUUAUCAGAAUGAAUUUAAACCGUCAGCUCUGAGACGACCACCCGAUGAUCGAUAUUGUCGCUAUGGCUACCUGAAAGCCAUCAGUGAAGAUCAAGUGGCAUAUGCAACACAAGCCAGUCAAGGAUCAAUUUGUAUCCUCAACCGCGGCCAGGUGAAUAUCUGUAAAGCUCAUAUCCUUAGAGACGACUACAGCCAUACUGCGGAGAAGCUGUACAUGUAUAUUGGGCUUGAACCGCAAGAGGAGCAGAAAUUACAGCUUGGACUUCCAGAGACAGGAAGCAAGGAUCUUACACGAAUUUUGGUGAAGUUUGAGUUAAAUCAAUCAUAUUUCAAACAUCUUAAGUCGUGUGUAUCAAAAACUGUUAUACCUAUGAUCCAGAAAAUUUUGCCUACUCCUCGUUUAUUCAGCCAAGAGCCAAUUGAUAUUAGAAUCGAUCUUAAGCCUUUUGAAAGCCUCUGUUCUCCUGAUCAAUUUGCUGCAUUAGAAUCCAUUCUAACCUGCUCCCCCCGAGGCCCACCUAAUAUCAUAGUUGGGCCGUUUGGUUCUGGGAAGACCCGUCUCCUAGCAAUGGCUGCCAGCUGCUUCUUUGCUGAAGCUCGUAUCAAACAGCAACCCGCUCGUAUUCUAGUGUGCACUCAACAGCGAGAGUCUGUGGAUAACUUCUAUGACCACUAUCAAAAUUUGAUGACUGGCAAAGAGGAUGAUGUUGAAGUGAUUAUUCUGAGGGAUCAUGACUUCAAGCAUAGUGUCUACAAAACGAUUAAAAGCUUUCUCUUAUACCGACAAUUUCUAGACAUGCAACAAAAUCAUCUUGUGAUGUCGACAUGCAUGAUGGUACGUCCUAAGCUGGUUAAAGAUAUUGGUGAUCGAUUCUUCACUCAUAUUCUGAUUGAUGAGGGGGCCCAGAUGCGGGAGCCUGAGGCUAUUGCCCCCCUCUCUCUGGCUCAUCCUGAUACAACCAAGAUUGUGAUUGCUGGAGAUCAGCAGGUUGGUCCAGCGAUGCUUGUGUUUGGAGAGGUCCCAUCAUCGUACAGUCUUGCUACUUCGUUACUAGAGCGACUGCACUCAUCGUACAAGCGACUCCGACAAGAAUUCUACAUCUCCACGCUUGUAACCAACUAUCGAUCUCAUCCGGACAUCUUUGAGCUCCCCUCGUCCUUGUUUUACGAUACCCCCCUGAUAUCACCGUCUGAUCGUGACCCCCCAUCCCUACACCCCUUGUACCCCUACCCCCUUGUGUUUGUGUGCUCUAGUAUAGAUCAGGUCGUAACGCAAGUGGACGACAAUGUGAAUGAAGCUGAGGCGAGUAUCCUACUGGAUGAGGUAAACAAGUUUGCCAUCGCUAAAAGUUGGCCUACUGCUAGCUGGGGACCUCAGGACAAAGUCAUGUCACAGACCUGCAUAAUGAGUCCCUCAAGACCACAGCUAACAAUGAUCAACAAUUUGAUUCGAAAAAAGACGUUGUCUGACAAGCUGAAGACUCUACAAAGGCUACCCACUUAUGACAUGCAAGGUAGGGAGUUCCGAGCUCUGUUCCUAAGCACCUCUGAACCGACCCACUCUGAUGCUUCAUCCCGUAACCCUACUAAGAGUCUCUGCGAUCCGCACAUAUUCAACACAGCUGUUACUCGAGCCCAGUCACUCGUGGUUGCCAUUGGUAACCCAUUCCUACUACUCAAGACGGAGCAAACCAAGCUGGAGGAAUAUGAAACAAAAGGGGAAGUUUGGAGCAACUAUCUCAAGAGAUGUCUCGACCACGAUUCUUUCAUUAUCCCCUCAUCUUUGAACUUAACCAAAAAGAAAACGAAAGCUAUUCGGUUGUUGCUUGAGGAUGAACUUGAUGAUGAUGAAGCUUCCCUCGAUAGUACAAGUAAUGAAUCCACUAGUAUGAUUGAUGAAGGUGACUUCCCAUUACAACCACUUCCUCCGCAAGAUGAUCUCCUUCAACAUUCUUUACCCUCAACGACUGUGCAGAACAGCAGUGGUACUAGUGCAAUGGCUGCCAGCAGUAGAUGGAAUGAAUAUGAGAAAAAAGACCAGAUUGGUAAGGGAGGCUUUGGUGUGGUGUUUCAUGUGAAGCACAAGGUGGACCAAGCAGAUUAUGCACUGAAGAUAAUCAAGCUCUCUGAUGUCCCUAAGAAGCAAGACAAGGUGGUGAAAGAAGUCACCACACUGGCUAUGCUGAACCACCCCAACAUUGUACGUUACUACAAUUCAUGGAAGGAGAGAGCUCCAGAUGGGUGGACAGAGGAAGAGUUGUGGUCUAUGCUGAAGAGUAGUAAUUCACUACCAACUGCACUGAUCCCAGUAACAACUACAAUGGGGUCUACGUCCACAACUUCCAGCUCCACCCAUAUUAUAACAAGUACCCCCACUGACACACAUGUUGUUUCUUCUGACCUCUCGCAAGGUGCUUUUGGACUGACUUGUCGAACUGCUGACUCAGUAGUAGUCUCAUUUUGUAACGAUGCUGAUUCUCUCCCUGUCCACUCUCAAGCUCCCCAACCCUUGCUAACAGAAACUAUAGACAGCAAUGCUGAAUGUCCUAAAAUCCAACCAUCCCUUCCACUUAAUCCUCCAACCUGCCUGUUUAUUCAGACAGAGCUCUGUGAGAGGGACACAUUGCGCACCUGGCUCGGCAAGAACUGUGAGGAGAAGAGUCGAACUAGGAGCCAGGUUCUGAGCUUUUUCAAACAGAUCCUGGAAGCACUGGUGUACAUUCAUCAGAAGAGCAUUGUACAUCGAGAUCUGAAGCCGUCUAACAUAUUUUUUUCUCGGGGUGAGAAGGACCGUUUAAAAAUUGGAGAUUUUGGUCUUGCAAGAACAGUGGCCAUGCCACCUGGAGCCCCUACAGGUGUAGACACUAUCAAUUACCACGGCUCAGCGAAUAGCUACUCUAAAGGCAGUAUGCAGGCUGGGACCUUUCUGUACAUGAGCCCAGAACAAGUCAAAGGAGAAAAGUAUGAUGAAAAGUCAGAUAUGUUUGCUCUAGGGAUCAUCUUGUUUGAGCUCCACUAUUUCAUGGAAGCUAGAAACCAGGUGCUCACCGCUCUGCGCAAGCUAGAAUUUCCUCCCAAAUUCGAGGAGAACCAUCUCAGUGUGACAAGAAUGGUGAAGCUAUUACUGGCAACAAACCCUGCCGAGAGACCAACAGCUGAUGAGUUAUUAUCUACAAAUAGUUCCCUUCGGAAGCUUUCAAAGAAAGUGAGGAAGGCCAAGGACGAUUACAUUCUUUAGUUCUAGUGUACUACAUGCUAAAUUGUUAGCUUUGAUUCAUAGUGUGUGUGUGCCCUACUGUAAUUUUAUACUUUUUGCAUUAGUCUACCUUUGUUGUGUUAGAUGUAUCUUGUAAAUAUAUUAUUAUUCACUGUGUUUAUAACUUUUAUACAUGAUAGAAACAUUACAGUCUGAGUCAUGAUCAUAUGAAA